AUGUUGUUCGAGAGCCCAUGGCCUACCACCGGUGAAAACCUCGUCAUGAAUAAUCUCUACCUGCAGGUUUAUGUGGAUUUCUUCGGACCACAACUGGAAGAGAAACGGUACAAAGUACGCGAUUUUUUGCAAGGGCACUCAAUUAUGGGUAAAACCCAAGCCUCUUGGUCGGGCUUCGGACCUGAAACUCGUUCCUUCUUGGUAGAUGUGCUGAUCGCUACACAUCUGAGGCCACAUGCAUUCUUCCCCCAGAUUGCUGACUAUGUGUUUGUGCUGACAAUGACUUUUGAAUUACUGGUGAAGAUCGUCGCGAACGGCUUGUUCUUCACGCCUAAAGCUGUUGUCAGUGAUGUCGGCGGUGUGAUGACCAUGUUCAUCUAUUUC